AUGUUUGCCAGCAGAACUACUACUAGAGCUCUUUUGAGCCGUCGAACUCAGAGAUUGGAUGUGCGACGAGGCCUCAGAAUCUAUUCUCAUGUUCGUGCUCCAGAGAUAAAGAAGGUUGCCCAGAGCGGAUCUAGUAAAGCGUCGGGAUGGUCUCAGCCGAAGGUCUUUACAGUUGCACUUGGAGCAGGGGCACUUGGAUGGGGGCUUGCCAACUUGAACGGCGAUGGUGAAUCUAUCUGGUCAUCUACACCCCAUUAUGCCAGUGUAUCUGAGAUGGAGAAGGCUAUUCAAAGAAUCGAGGAAGAGGUCGCGAUAGAAGGACUUAUAUCAACAGACCCAGAGGAUUUGCAUGCACAUGGAUACUCUGAGUGGUCUACAGUCAAUCCCGACACCUUACCUGUGGCUGUGGCAUACCCUAGAACAACGGAACAAGUGUCUGCGAUAGCCCGGAUUUGCCACGAACAUCGCGUUCCCAUCAUUCCUUACUCUGGAGGGUCAAGCCUGGAAGGAAACUUCUCUGCUCCCUAUGGAGGAAUCAGUGUGGAUUUCGCGUAUAUGGAUAAGAUUAUCCAGUUCAACAAAGAUGAUAUGGACGUUGUAGUGCAGCCCAGUAUUGGCUGGCAGGACCUCAAUGCCAAGCUCUUGCAGAUGGAUAGUGGCCUAUUCUUUCCAGUGGACCCUGGCCCGUCGGCAAAGAUAGGAGGCAUGAUCGGAACGAACUGCUCUGGAACAAACGCUGUCAGAUACGGCACGAUGAAGGACUGGGUCAUUAAUUUGACAGUUGUACUCUCUGACGGACGUAUUAUUAAGACGAGGAGAAGACCUCGCAAGUCAUCUGCUGGUUACAACCUGAAUGGCCUGUUUGUUGGCUCUGAAGGCACACUGGGAAUUGUCACAGAAGCCACGCUGAAGCUAGCAGCCAUCCCGGAGCAGUAUUCAGUUGCCGUUGUCACAUUCCCGACCAUUCGAGAUGCUGCUAGUGCCGCAGCUGGAGUCAUGCAGGCAUCGGUUCCCGUUGCGGCUAUGGAAAUUAUGGACGAAGUUCAGAUGAGAGUCAUCAACCUUGGCGGCGCUACCAAACCCCGAGUGUGGAAAGAAUCACCUACCCUUUUCUUCAAGUUCUCCGGAACUAAAGAGGGAGUGAAAGACAACAUUAACCGGGUAAAGAAGAUUGCCGCGGCUAACAAGGGCGGCAAUUUCGAGUUUGCUCGGGAUACUGCUGAGCAACAGCUGCUUUGGUCUGCCAGAAAAGAAUCACUCUGGUCCAUGCUUUCUCUGCGCAAAGAUGGCGAUGAUGUUUGGAGUACCGAUGUAGCUGUCCCAUUCAGCCGACUAGCUGACAUUAUAGAAGUUAGUAAGAAAGAGAUGGACGAUCUUGGUCUCUUCGCCAGCAUUCUCGGCCACGUUGGUGAUGGCAACUUUCACGAGAGUAUCAUGUACAACAAAAACGUACCUGGCGAGCGUCAAAAGGUCGAGGCCUGUGUAAAAAACAUGGUGAAGCGUGCGCUCGAUAUGGAUGGAACUUGCACGGGAGAGCAUGCCAUCGGGUGGGGCAAAAAGGAGAGCUUGCUCUGGGAGGUUGGACCAGAGACUCUAGCCGUCAUGUCAUCGGUAAAGAAGGCAUUCGAUCCCAAGUGGAUUUUAAACCCCGGGAAAAUCAUCGAUGUGCCUUGGGAGAACACUGUUUAUCAUGGGGCAAACACAGCCGUGUCACCAAACCGCGUGGUUAAGGAUUUGGUUUGA